AUGGCUGAUGUGAUCUCAGUGCAGUAUUGGAUUGAGAGAUUCUCUUUAACUUGCAACAAGCCAGUGUCCCACCUGCAGCUUGCCUGCUGCCCAUCUCACUGUGCUGUGCCAUGGCAGGACAAGAAUAUAAGGGUUUACAACACCAACAACCUGGAGCCUCCAUUGGAACUCACUGGUCACCAUUAUGAAGUCUCUGCCAUGGUAUUUGGGAAAGUGAGAGAUCGUCUCAUCCUUUGUAGUGCUUCAGAAGAUUAUGUGAUUGUCUGGGACAUUGAUCGUUCCUACAAACAAAUCAAAGAGGGUGUAAUUGCCUCUGGUAGAGUUAUUGGCUCACUGCUUGGAAAGGUGGUUCAUUUGUCACUAUGUCCACAGAAUGCAAAAGUGUCUGCAUGCUCAGGUUCCAGAGUAUUUGUAUUGAACGCUGAGAGAGAGGAAGUGCUUGGUGUGUUGAAAGGGCACCUUGGUCCUGUAACUGCCACAGAGUUCUGUCCAUGGGACUUAAAUCUCCUCAUCUCAAUCUCAGAGGACCGUACAUUUAAGGCAUGGGAUGUGAAGAAGGGGAAUAUACUCUUUCAGUCUGCUGUGCUGUCAGCGUAUCCACUGCUUAGUCUGUUCUUCAUGGAACAAAACCGACAGCUCAUCACAGGGUCAAGUGAUGGUCAGCUUUGGAGCUACACUCUCCCUGCUGACUACAAAUGUUGCUUGGUGACAAAACUAGACCUUCUUAAGCUUGAACAGAAGAAUCAGAAAAUACAAAGGCACAACAGCCCACCUGAAAAUGGAAAAGAGGGAACAUCUAAUGAUGACAGAAUAAGAGUGGAGACAGCAAAGUCAGUUCUGAUAAUCUGGUCUGAAAGACCGGAGACCAACCAUGCUUGCAUGCAGCAAAGAGGAAGUUGUGUAUGGAUUGGCAGUUCUGACGGGCUGUAUCUGAUUGACCUGGAUUCCUCAGAUCUUCUCAUGAUUCUUCCAUUCAAAGUUGACCACUGUUUGAGUGUCUCAAUGGCAGGGUCAUGGGCCAUUUCUAAAGGACGUGGUGGCAAUAUGUGGUGUUUGGUGACCACUCUGUUUGAGCCCUCAGUCGUCCUUUUCGAGGUUAAUAGUGCUGGGCUAGAUGAUCUCUGCAUUAGUCUGGUUAAGAACUUCUAUGAGGCAGAUCAACUUUCAGUGGUGCCCAGCUCUCCUCUGCUGCCCACGUCUCCUCUGAAUGCUGAGUUGACUAAAAAAGGCCCAAAACCUCAAAGAAAAACAGGUGUAAGCUGUCAGAAGAGCAUGAAGGAUCAAGCCUUGGUUUUUCACACACAAGUGAAGUCAUCAGGAUACAAUGCAGCUCCUCAUAGGACAAUGUUUAAACCAAAGACCAACAUAAAGAAAAAAAACAAUUCUCCCUCAAAAAGUAGCACAAAUGUGAAAGGUUUGUUAAGCGAGUAUCCAUCACACUCAGCAGCACCAAGUAUGCCUUGUACUCAUCUGGCUGUUUCCACAACUCCAACCACAAUCAGCUCUCUGCAGUACUCAGGAGAUGGAAAGCAGAUUGUGUGUGGUCUUGGAGACAGUUCAGUUUUGUUGUAUAACUCCUCACUCACCAGCAACCCAGCUGUCUAUACAGGGCACAGUAAGGCUGUGAACUCUGUGUGCUGGAGUCAUUGUAAGCAGUGGUUUCUGACUACCUCUGAGGAGCCCAGCAUGAACAUCUGGACUACAAGUGCUGCUGAACCUGUUCUGACCAUGGGAGAUGAACAGUUUGCCAAGUCCAUCAGAAGUGCUCAGUUUUAUUAUCUGGAUAAGUUUUUACUGCUGGCGUCAGGAUCGAAUCUACUGCUGUACCUUUACCAUCUGGACACCACAAGAGAUGACAUUAAGAGAUAUAAGCAAAGGAGCAAGUCCAAACUGACAAAGAAAUUCAGCAUGAUGUCAGAAACAGACAUCACCGCAGUUUCAGGCAUCAAUGACUUCUUCUCCUAUAUUGUCUUGGCUGCUGGUGCUGACCGCACCAUCCAGGUGUUUGAUAUGAACCGUGGCUGUGUGGCCAAUCAGAUCCCAGACGCCCACUGUCGAGCUGUCAAUCACCUCACCCAGAACAAGGGGUCCCCAUUUUGCACACAGGGCCCAGAAUCAUACAAUCUGUUCCUGAGCAGCGCCAUAACAGACGGUCUAAAAUUGUGGGACCUACGCUCUGCAAGGUGUGUUCGUCGCUAUGAAACUCACACUAACCGCUGUCAUCACUGCACUGCAGCCUUCUCACCCUGUGGACGAUUCAUUGCUACUGGCUCAGAGGACCAAUCUGCUUAUAUAUAUGACACACGGAGCAACAACGUUCUACUUAAGCUCCAAAGACAGUCUGAAACAGUCCUAAAUGUGGCUUUCAACCCUGCCAAACCAGAGCUGUUGACUGGAACACUAGAUGGAAAACUGGCUUUGUUUCAUCCGUCCGAAUCCUCUCUUCUGCUUUAAGUAUGGGAUCUAUAUAUCCCCAAAGGCCUUGUCCCGAGUCCACCGGUGCUGCACAUUCUGCCUAAUGAAAGUCUUACCUCAGUCAAUUUGAGAUUAUAUUGCGGGCGUGCCAUCUCUGUGGGACCUACAUCAUAGAUGGGAUGUGUUAUUUCAUCAUUUCCGCCACCAUUGACAACCUACAGAUGUGAAAACCCACUCAUGCCCUGAACUGUCGAGCCAAAGACGCACCCUGAGAGAAAAGUCCAUGUGAUCUUUACAUUACAACAUGCUCACAUGCUCUGAAACACUCACGAGUAUGCAGCAUUAUAAAGAAGUUCAUUUGUCUGAACUAAUCUGAUAUACAAAAUGUUGAAAAUCCAUUUGGGGGUAAUAUACAUGUUUACACUUUUCAUUUGAGAUAUCAUUUUAUAUGUACAUUGUGGAUGAGCUUGUGAGUCCACAUCUAAAAUGGUUCAUUUACGAGACUAUGCUGUCACUUUUUAUUUGUGUAGAAUAAAACAGCCCACUUUGUAGCAACAAGUGUGGGGCUACUUAUUGACUGAAAUAAAUACUUACAGUGCUUACAAGGCACUGUUUUAGGUAAGCUUACAAGUUUUAGGUAAGCUUAAGUUAUAGGCUUUAGUACCACUGAAAUGCUGAAUCAAAGCCAUUUUGACAGUGUAAGUGAGAUAGAAGAAUGUUUAAUGAUGGGUGGUGUCCACUACAACAGUUGGCAGUUUUCUGCAUCAAUAACUUCUGUGAGAUCAUUCUGUUCUCUGCCCAUUUGUCAACUAAACUUUACAGACAUUUGCAAUUAGAAAACAACACCAGUUUAUAUUGA